AUGGUGCAGGAAGGCCAUCGCUGGGCGCGUGUCACGCCCAAUGACCACAGCGGAAUCCUCUAUAUCGUCACUUUUGUCGGCUUCACUUACACCAGCUUGACGUUCCUCACACGAAUCCUCAUCAAAUGGCAAGUUUUGGGCUUGGACGAUGCAGCGAUGCUGGUGGCACAGAUCGCCAGUGUUGUCCAAUUCUCAUUACUGCUUGCAUCUCUAUCAAGCGGACUUGCAAGAUCGUUUGAAUCCAUCACUGCGGAGCAAUACUCUCGGAUGGCCUCUACCUAUUCUAGUGGUCAAGUUGUACUCUACAUCUCCCUCGGCUUCUCGAAGAUUUCCACAAUCUUGCUCGUACGGCGCCUUUUCAUACGCGACAUGAAGAAUGCCUGGGCCAUGUGUAACGUGAUUACUGGGGCUAUGGUCAUCUGGACAAUAGUAUCAGCUGUGCUUGUCUUGGCUGGUUGCACGAGCGACAGUCUAUCGCCAAAGACACCCUCAGACAUCUGCAACGGCAUCGAAGUUCGCUACAUGUUCGUCGUCAUCACCGACGGCGUGACAGAUCUGAUACUGGCUUUCAUCCCCAGCUACUUGUGUCGCCAUCUCCAGAUGAACAUUCUUUUCAAGCUGCAGGUACUUGGGCUGUUCGCGCUACGACUGCCCCUUGUUGUACUUGCUGGCCUUUUCUACCAUGCCUGGAGGACAGCCCAUCAUAGCGACAAUCCAGGCGUUGAGCGCACAGCCUCGCUAGUGUACCAGCAAUCGCAGCUCUGUUUCUCUCUAAUCGCCGCUACUAUACCAUGUCUGAAGUCGUUCAUACAAGGAUUCGACACUGGCAGCGGACAGAAAGCAGGAUUCGGUUACUCCUCUAACUCCGGCGCGUACGGGCACAUGUCUAGUGUGCAUCACAGCUCUUCCCGGUUCGACAAUGGUGAAAGCUACCAGAUGUCGCGACUCGAUCGCGAUAAUGACAACACAUCGAGGCUGCGCAAGGGGGGUGGUAGCGAGGAGGCGAGAAUCAAGAGAAAAUCGUUUGUGGCAGAAGGCGGCGCUACCACAAUGGAUGGUAAUAUUGAGCUAGAACGUUGCAGCACUCAAGAGUCCGACCGAAAGAGUCAGCAGAGCACCCAAGAGCUCUUCAUCAGAAAGGACGUGCAGUUCGAAGUCAAGCGGGAACCUGCAAAAAAACACACCGACACACACCAGCCAGGGCUACUGCGCCUACCAAAGUAG